CACCUUCUGCAGCACCAAGCAGACAGACGUUGCGAUAGUCACUGGACCUCGGUUAUCGAUCUUCUGCAGUGCACCGACUUGCAGCUUGUGUUACUUUGACGAGCACCUUGCAUGGUUGUGUUGGUGCGCAACAAAAAUUCUUUUUACUUCACUUACCCCCGCACUAUCCAAUUUCAUCUGUUAUGAAGAUAAUAUCAGUUGCCACUGCGCUGGCCCUCUUUCUCAUCACCCUUGUCACCGCACUCAGCAUUCCGCCUGCAGCCCGAGAUGCUACUCUCUCCGCAGAUUCUUCAUCAUUGUUGGAUCUAGUUAAGCGGCGUGGGGGCGGUGGCGGGGGAGGGCGCAGUGGAGGAGGCAGUGGUGGUCGAAGUGGUAGUGGAGGGAGCAGCAGUAGUAGUAGUAGCAGCAGCAGCAGCAGUGGACGCACAGGGAACAGCGGAAGUAGUGGAAGUAGCGCAAGAACCAGCUCUUCAAGCAAUGUCGGGGGCACAUCCCGCAGUGGUUCUGGAACCCGUCCGGCGUAUGGAGGUGGCUACUACUACGCUGGUGGUGCCACUGCCCCUUAUACAGCAGGGGCACGAUCACGUUUGGGGGUGACGCCUUUUCUCUUGCCAGCGGCCAUUGUCCCUCUCUACUUCCCGGGCCUUUGGUUAUAUGGGGCAUACGUCUACCCUUACAGCUAUCACUACCACUAUAUGAACGAUACCUCGCACAAAAACGAGUCAUUACCCGUGAACUGCAUUUGCCAACAGUACCUGGAAUGUGGAUGCGAUGAAAAUAGUAACAGCACUUACUAUGAGUCCUUAUUCAAUGGAACUCAACCUAAAAGUACGAGCGUCGCCAAGGUGGUUGAUGUGAACGGCACGGAAUCAAUCUAUAUCAACGGCACCCUGGCCAACGGGACGACUGCCGCCGAUUCGGCUGCAACUCACUUUGGUGUCCAUGGAUCUGGAUAUUGGAUGAUGGUGGCCGUGGUGGUGGGCAUUGUAUGGACGUAGUUGGUCCUGCUCUUACUAGAGACGAGUAAGGU